GGAACUCCUGAGCUCAAGUAGUCCCCCUGCCUCGGCCUCCCAAAGUGCUAGGAUUACAGGUGUGAGCCAAUGUGUGUGCCCAGCCUCCAAUUUAUUUUUGAUUGCUCAUCUUGAUAGGCUUCUUUGAGGUAGUCAUCUUUGUGAUACGUUGGAAGUAAGUUGCUGUAUGAGCUAACCGUGCAAGUGCUACUGCUGUUGGAAAUAGCUUAGUAGAACUGAUCAAUUAAGUAAAAAUUGUAGUAUUUGGUAUUAGAAAGUAUAGAUACUUGGAUUAUUGACAAAAAUACUCCCAAAUCAGAUUAAUUUUUGACAGUCUGGUUUACUGACUUCAGGAAGACAUGGUUCAUUUAGCUCUAAUAAAUGAGAAGUUAGUAUUUUUCAAGUUAGUUUGAUAAUGAAAAAAGUUAAAAAUAGAAUACUAUCUUAACAUGUGUUUAAAAGCUUUUACAACAAACUAAUUUUAAAAAGUAGGUUAAUUUUACUGGGGAGAAAAUGUACUCAAAAGUUGGACUUUUGAGUAGACAUAUUGUUAAAGUAAGGUGAGUAAAAUAAAUGAGUCAUUUCAGUUUAAUUUUCCUGCAAGAUGGCAAAAAUUAGAAUUAAACACAAUUUUGAGAAGAAUUCAUUGUACUGAAUUGACAUUUGACUUCUUGAAUAUUUUUUGCCAUCCCUCAUUACUUGUUUUAUAAUAUUUUGAAAUACCGUUUAAUACAUGUCUGUUGAAGAAUAUUACAAAGGAUGCUGUAGAACUUAACAAUUCUCAUCUAAAUGUAGACUUAAUAAGUAAGUAGAUUGCUAAGAGCGAAUAGCACUAUCAAAUUGAAUAAAUAAGUACUUAAAGAACAGUGCAUUUAUAAAUCAGAAUUUCUUGUUCUUUAUGAUUCUUUCUGUGAAAUUUGUGAUUUCCAAGUUAGUAAAGUGAUGUUGGCAGAUUGAUAGUUUGGUCCUGGGAAAUGAAUUAAUUACAAGGGAAUUCUAUCAGAGUAAGAGGAGGAAGGAGGAUGGGAUUUAUGGCUUUUUAAAAUGGUGCCUUCGGGGCUGAAACAUACCUUGGAUUGCUCUAACUAGCUCUACAAGUAGGUGAAAGGUUUUGGUGAAUACUUUGGGACAGUAUACUCCCAGGUACCCACCCUCCUGUAUCACCUUGCAGUGAAACUCGAAUUAGAAAAGAGUGACAGUGAGGAACACUGUUGCAUAAUUGGGGUUUUGCCACAUUCACAUUCUUUAGAUAUAGCACACUGUGGGAUACCAACACUACUUACUGAUACCUUCCUGAUUACAAAAGUGCUCAUUUUAGGAAGUCUAAAACAAAGCAGGAGGAAAAAGACCUGUAACCCUUUACAGAGUAGUUAUUUUGAUAUAUGAGUUCAAAUCUUAAAAAAUGUAUUUUGCAGAUUUGGCUCAUACUUUUCAUGUAGUUUGAUCUCUUGCUUUAUUUACUUGAAGUUUUAUUGUGCAUAUUUUCCUGUGUCAUAUUUUUGCAGUUAAGUCCUAUUUCUUUGUAUGGUUUUACCGUAUUUUAUUUAAUCAGUCACCUGUUGUUUGAUGUAUAGGUUAAGAUUUUAUAUGUCAGUAUUUUCAUGGCUAAAUUUUGUUUUUAAAGGUAAAAUCUGUAUUUUUAAUAGAAGAAUAUGGAAAUAAUGGCAGUGAGGACAAUGAGGAAGAAAACUCACCCAGAGAUACGUCCCUAUUCUUUUGACUAUAUUGUGGAGUAUGACUAUGAUGCUGUACAUGAUGAUGAAUUAACUAUUCGAGUUGGAGAAGUCAUCAGGAAUGUGAAAAAGCUACAGGAGGAAGGAUGGCUAGAAGGAGAACUAAAUGGGAGAAGAGGAAUGUUCCCUGAUAAUUUUGUUAAGAAGCUUCCUGAGGCCCUCAUCAGGAAGAGAUGCUGGAGCCAUGCUUAUAUAGCUUGCAGAACUGAAAUUAAGAGAGAGACAGAAUUCAAAGAUGACAGUUUACCCAUCAGACGGGAAAGGCAUGGGAAUGUAGCAAGCCUUGUACAACGAAUAAGCACUUAUGGACUUCCUGCUGGAGGAAUUCAGCCACAUCCACAAACCAAAAACAUUAAGAAGAAGACCAAGAAGCGUCAGUGUAAGGUUCUUUUUGAGUAUAUUCCACAAAAUGAGGAUGAACUGGAGCUGAAAGUGGGAGAUAUUAUUGAUAUUAAUGAAGAGGUAGAAGAAGGCUGGUGGAGUGGAACCCUGAACAACAAGUUGGGAUUGUUUCCCUCAAAUUUUGUGAAAGAAUUAGAGGUAACAGAUGAUGGUGAAAGUCAUGAAGCCCAGGACGAUUCAGAAACUGUUUUGGCUGGGCCUACUUCACCUUUACCUUCCCCGGGAAAUGGUAGUGAAACUGCGCCUGGAUCAGUUACACAGCCCAAGAAAAUUAGAGGAAUUGGAUUUGGAGACAUUUUUAAAGAAGGCUCUGUGAAACUUCGGACAAGAACAUCGAGUAGUGAAACAGAAGAGAAGAAACCAGAAAAGCCCUUAAUCAUACAGUCACUGGGACCCAAAACUCAGAGUGUGGAGAUAACAAAAACAGACACAGAUGGUAAAAUUAAAGCUAAAGAAUAUUGUAGAACAUUAUUUGCGUAUGAAGGUACUAAUGAAGAUGAACUUACUUUUAAAGAGGGGGAGAUAAUCCAUUUGAUAAGUAAGGAGACUGGAGAAGCUGGCUGGUGGAAGGGUGAACUUAAUGGUAAAGAAGGAGUAUUUCCAGACAAUUUUGCUGUUCAGAUAAAUGAACUGGACAAAGACUUUCCAAAACCGAAGAAACCACCACCUCCUGCUAAGGGUCCAGCCCCCAAGCCUGAACUGAUAGCUACAGAGAAGAAGUAUUUUUCUUUAAAGCCUGAAGAAAAGGAUGAAAAAUCAACACUGGAACAGAAACCUUCUAAACCAGCAGCUCCACUAGUCCCGCCCAAGAAACCUACUCCACCUACCAAAGCCAAUAAUUUAUUGAGAUCUUCUGGAACAACAUACCCAAAGCGACCUGAAAAACCAGUUCCUCCACCACCUCCUAUAGCCAGGAUUAAUGGGGAAGUUUCUACCAUUUCAGCAAAAUUUGAAACUGAGCCUGUAUCAAAACCAAAGCUAGAUUCUGAACAGUUGCCACUUAGACCAAAAUCAGUAGACCUUGAUUCACUUACAGUAAGAACCUCCAAAGAAACAGAUGUUGUAAAUUUUGAUGACAUAGCUUCCUCAGAAAACUUGCUUCAUCUCACUGCAAAUAGACCAAAGAUGCCUGGAAGAAGGUUGCCGGGCCGCUUCAAUGGUGGACAUUCUCCAACUCACAGCCCCGAAAAAAUCUUCAAGUUACCAAAAGAAGAAGAUAGUGCCAACCUAAAGCCAUCUGAAUUAAAAAAAGAUACAUGCUACUCUCCAAAGCCACCUGUGUACCUUUCAACACCUUCCAGUGCUUCUAAAGCAAAUACAACUGCUUUCCUGACUCCAUUAGAAAUCAAAGCUAAAGUAGAAACAGAUGAUGAGAAGAAAAAUUUCCUGGAUGAACUUAGAGCCCAAAUUAUUGAAUUGUUGUGCACUGUAGAAGCACUGAAAAAGGAUCAUGGGAAAGAACUGGAAAAACUGAGAAAAGACUUGGAAGAAGAAAAGGCAAGGAGAAGUAAUCUAGAGAUAGAAAUAGAGAAGCUGAAAAAAGCUGUCCUGUCUUCUUGAGGUGGUGUGGACCUGGUUUUCAUAAUGUUCCAGGGAUUCGGAAGCAACACUAUGAACUUCAACUGACUUGUUACUUAAAAAUUGUGAAUGCUGGUGUUGUGAUAAAUAUGAGUAUAUGAAGUAUAAUAUCUAUAGAAAAGUAGAGUGAGGGGUGAAUUUUAUAUAUAUAUAUAUAUAUAUAUAUAUUUUGUUUUGCCAAUAUGAAGAAAAAGAGGCCUUAUUUCUUACUGUGCUGGGAUUGCAAACACUUUUUAAAAAAUUGUUUGCUGGAAAAUACUACUGAAUAUGUAUAAAUAAGAAAUGUUAACAGUAGUUUUUUUAAUUGAAACUUGUAUUAUUUUUAAAGAGAUCUAUACUAUAAAUAUGGUGAUAUAUUUACAAGUAAUCUGUAAGAUAUACUAUUUGAGAGGGACAAAUUAGCUUUUUAGUAACUAUAGUCACUACUUUUUCCAUAAUGCAUAAGGGAUAUAAACUGUGUGUGUAUGUGUGUGUGUAUAUAUUUUUACUUUUAUCCUCUUACCCAAGGUUACAUUGUUGUGCCUAUUUGUCUGCUGUUUAUAUUUUGGGUGAUGAAAUAGGACUUUCCUAGCUACAUAAGCCAGAUUACUCACCCAUGCAUAUAGUAAGAACUAAUGAAUAAUCAAGAGAAUUUCAUCAGCUUUUAGAAUAUUUUAUGUUGCUUGCACUAUAGGAGUCAUAAAAGGAACUUAGUUAAAACAUGUUGGAUUUUUAACCAUUUGGGGGGAAAUAUGAGCUGUAUUUUAAAUUCAUUAGCUCUGAAGAAUCUAAAACUGUUAAUUUAACCCUUAACUUGUGCCUAGAAACUACAGCACAUACAAAAUAUAUAAACACUAGCCUUAUUGCCGUACUUUUCUGCUUAUUUUACAGUCUCAAAUAUUUCUCAUUAACUUGUGACUUAGUUCUUCAUGCUCCUCCUUGUGACUUUUAAUAAUGAUAAUAUUAGGAAAAUAAAACCCAAAGCUUUUCAGAACUUCAGUGUGAGCUUUCCUAUUUUGACAAGUUAUCUUUUAAAUACUCAGGUUUUAUGAUGUUUAAUUUACCUAAUAGACCAAACUAACUUGUGGAGAUAUUUCGAACUAUUAUUUAGGUACAAACUUUAUAAAGAAUGUUAGUAUGUCAUAAAAUAUAACAUUACAGCUUAUUUAAAACCAAAUAUAGUUGAACAUAUUUAAAAUACAUUUUCACAGAAUGAAUGAAUUAGUCGUUUCUUCAGAGUUACUUAUGAACAGUUGAAUGCUUUAAAAUGUUCUGUUUGUAGGUAACAUCUGAAAACAUAAGUGGAUUUAUUUAAAUUUUUAAAAUUUAAAAUUUUUUAUUUGUAAAAAAUUAGGCUUUAUGCUUUAUCAUAUAGCAAAUGAGUGUCAGAUUUUUGAGUACCAGUUAUCAUGCUUCAGUUUUUUAGUUUUAAACCACUAAACCAAUAUUUUUUCUUUACAUUUUAAUAUCAUAAUACAGAAAUAUAUGUAAAUGAAAUUUGGUCAUGUUUCAAAUAAAGAGAACUGAAGUAGAAAAUAACAGAAAUGCCAGUUAAACAACUUAAUGUUUAAUUUACAGUUUAUGUUAGGGCUUUUGGGGAACGCUAAUUAUAUAUUAAGAAUAUACGUUAGAAAUCUUUAAAAUGUUUGGGCUCUUCUAAUGAAGUCACUACUGAGCAAACUUGUUCCCUCUUUUGUUAAAUAGAAUAGGAUUAAAUGACUAGUCAAAUGAAUUAUUUCCUCCGUAUUAAAUUUUAUUUUAUUUUCUUUUAAUGACAGACCUUAGGUAAAAAUAAAAACAUUGUAAUGCUAGAAAUUAUCCUCCAGCUUUCUCACCUGAAAAUCUAUUGAAGUGAUCCCUGGUUACCCUAAUAAUGGGGUGAAGGAAGGUUCCAACAGAUUUCAGGCUGCUCUUAAAUAAGUUUUUCUUGGUCAUUUUCUCAUUAGUACUUAAAAUCAAGAUGCUCAUGGGCACUGAAAUGCAUUUAAAGUUUUUGCUUGUGUACUACUCAGUCAGCAUAGAAAAGUAACUGAAAUACUCUUAUUUAUCAAGUAGUAAACAGAACCAAACAAACUCAGGCCUCAUGGGAAAAAUGAUUCCUUUAUUCUAGCAAUUUACUCCUUGCUGUUGGUAUGGGAAGUUUUAUUAAUUUCUAUUAUUAGAGUUCAUAUCACAAAAUGAUAUGUAAGAAUAAUAACCUUUACUUGGGGUAAAUCAUGAAUUUUUUUUCCCUUACAUGUGAGUAUAAAACAUGAAAGUUGAACAGCAUGGAAUCUGUCAUUGCCAAAUUAUUAAUGAAUGUAUAGUUAAGGUAUUCUUUGAGACACAAUAUCAUUAAUUUCCUAAUUGUAUUUCAGUGUUAUUUUUUGUGUGUGACCACUAAGCUUCUGUCUUAAUAUAAAGCUAUUACCCUCUACAGAACUUAAGUCUGAAGAUGUAAAGAGAGAACAGGCCUUGUGUAAAAGAAGAUACUCUUUUUUUUUUAUGCUCCUUACUGUGAUCACAGAAAUAAAAAAUAAUCCAAGUGCUCUCUAGAUUUGUUGAUAAACAUUUUAUGCUUGCAUUUAAACUUGAAAUGUAUGAACAGAAUGAGACAAUCAGUUAAAUCAGAAAUGAAAAGUAUUAUAAUGUAAUGGCCUUGUUUUGUUGUAGCAAUAAAAUGACCAAGUGCAAUGAUUGAUUUAAUAAAAUCAUCUUUUAAAAAUUGCUGCUAUGAAUAUUUUUAGCUAUAAAAUUUUACCCUGACUUGCUUUCAGUAACUAUUAUGUAAUACAGUUGAUGUUGUGGUAACCUAACAUUCCCAGCCCGCCCCCCCCCCCCCCCCCCCCCCCCAAAAAAAAAAAAAAAAUGAAAUGGAGAAACUCAAAAUAGUAUACUUCACUGACUUGUUUACAGGUGCUGUAUAAAAAGCAUGCUUCUCUCUCAAAAAGAAAACUUAAUAAUAAAGAAUUUUAUUGCCAGUUG